AGGUGUCGCUGGCAGGUUCACUAAUGAGCGCAGCUUUGUACGCAAUCGAAGAAAUGCUUUGGAAUUUGGAUUAGUAGGCUUGGGCACGCACACUGGGCCUGGGCUCAGCGCAUUGGAAAUAGCAGACUUAGCCUUAAAUAAUAACUGUCCCCCUAAUAUGCGCUUACAGCCGGGUGAAGCCAUCCCUGAAAAUUGCCUGCUUCCCAAAAUUAUCCAGCAGUGGGGAAGUGAUUUUGACACCCCAGGAUUCAAUAACCCAAAUUCAAAUGAAAGAGAAAGCAAUACAAAUAACCCAAAUAGCAAUACAAAUAACCUAGAUAGCAAUACUGUCCCAGAUUACAAUAGUGGGCAGAGUCCUGAUUAUCAUAAUAAUGUUGGAGAUUAUACUGAUACUGAUUUUACUCUCAAUCAACCUGAUUAUUACCCCAAUCAACCUGAUUAUACUCCCAAUCAACCUGAUAAUACUCCCUAUCAACCUAAUUAUUACCCAAAUCAACCUGAUUUUACUGCAAAUCAACCUGAUAAUUCUCCCAAUCAACCUGAGUAUACUCCCAAUCAACCUAAUUAUUACCCCAAUCAACUUGGUUUUACUCCCAAUCAACCUGAUCUUGUUCCCAAUCAACCCGACUAUUCUCCCAAUCAACCUGACUAUAGUUUCAACCAACCAGACUAUAAUUAUAAUUAUGGCAAUAAUCUGGUAGAAG